CGGCUGUCCCUCGCAGUGGGCCGUAGUGACGUCACACCCAAACAAGAACCAGUUUGCUUGUGAUUACUAUCGGAUGGUGCAAACUAAGUAGAUAUUCUCGUUACAGCUAACGUUAUAUCACAAUGUCUCAGGAUCCCUGGCUACAGAAUUAUGACGCGACUUGUCGCUUGGCACAGGAAAUAGCAGAAAACAUUCAUGAACGAAACAGGCAGCAGAGAACAGGGGGGAACCCUGCAAAGAUCAACAUGACGCUACGGGCAUCGCUGCAGAAGCUCAAACAGAAUAUUGCCCAGCUCAAAGAUGGGUUGUUGCGAGCCUCAUCGUCUCGGCGUGUAAUGCAGUCAGAAGCUGAUAGGAGGCAGAAUCUUAUUGAUGACCUGCUAACCAGAGAGAAGCAGCUCAAUGCCACCUUCAAGGGAGACAUCACGGAGCCUGAACCUUCCAGGUCGACGUUGAUGGCUGAAGGGGCAGGAACGAGUCAUGGUAUUGCAGCCAACCCCUGGCUGGUCAACGAAACGGAGGAGACCAGGGGGCUUAACUUUGGAGAGAUCAAACAGCAGCAACAACGAAUCAUUGAAGCCCAGGAUGCAGGCUUGGAUGCACUAGCAGCUGUCAUCAGCCGACAGAAGAUAAUGGGCCAGGAGAUUGGCAAUGAGCUGGAUGAACAGAAUGAAAUCAUCGAUGACCUUGCACAUCUUGUGGACAAGACAGACGACAGGAUUCGUAACGAGACACGAAGAGUGAAGCUGGUGGAGACAAAGUCAGCCUCCUGUGGUAAAGCUUUUCUGAGGAAAAUGGCUGCCAUGAGUGGUAGCACCCUAAUGCCAAUCUAUGGACUGUGGAAGGUUGAGCCAGGCUCAGUGUACCCAGUGAAACGCCGACAGGAUUGCUAUGGCAAAGGCUGCAUUGUUGUACUAGGAGGCUAACAGGCGGUCACAGACAGAAGCAGGGGAUGCUGGUGGUGAUCGUACUGCUUCUCAUAGCCAUCGUAGUCAUCGCCGUGUGGCCCGUGUAGCCGAGGAGGACGGCAGUGAUCAUGGACCUGUGCUCAACUACAGUUUUGGUUCAGAUUACCAGUUAAAAAACUUUGCAUCCACAGUGCACACACGUAUAGAGACUUAUUUAAACGAUGUCUCUCAUCAGAUUUUAUUUUCUUAUUCUUUCUCUUCCCAUUGAGUCAAAGGUCAGUGGUGACUGCCCAGCCAAGGCAAUGUGAAUUGAAAACUUAAGUCCUUCAGCAGCACAGUUACUUUCUUUCUGCACAGUUAAGUUGUUGGUUGGGUGAAACGCAUUGGUAACCCUGCAGACAUAUUGCGUAGGUGUAGGUGUCCUCUUUAAUAGUUGUUCAAGUGUCUGGCUCAUUUAAUGUAUAAAAUAGUUAAAUUAUUUGGAGGUUUAUGAUCCCUUUGAAAAAUAUUUUUAGCCUGGACUGUGGCAAAUGUUGACCCAACAGUAGGACCUCCCGUAGGUAGCGGGAGUUUUCCUUUCAUUAGCCUGUUUGUGGUCUGGGCUGAGGCUCUCACCGGGUACAGUAAUUCUGCAAGCUUUGCAACAUUCACACUCACUUAUAUUUACCCAUGCAUUGCUUUAGCAGCUGUAAUGUUAUCAUUUGUCUUGGGAUUUUAUAACGUUUAUAAAAGAGCUUUCAGCCAAAACAAACAAGCUCUGCUGUGUUACUAACAUGGCUGUUUUCCUUCCUUGUAAAUCAAUUCAGCUUGUAAUUUCUAAUAAAUGACAUUUUCAGUUAAUAGUC